AUGGCCGACGAAGCAGCUCGCGCUCACGCCGCUGAAGUGGCGCGCGCUCAAGAAGAAGGAAGAGAUCCACCUCCUCCUCCUCCUAAUCCACAAGACCCUGCUGGAGAUGUGAAUGUGCACAACCUCAAGCUGGAGCACCUACAAUCGGAGACUAUGACUCUGCCGAUGCUUUCUUCAUGGAUAGAAACCCUAUCCAUCCACCACUUCCUGCAAGGAAUGACUAUGAGAUCAAGCCUCAGAUCAUAG